AAAUGUCUUCCUAUCUCACUUUCGAAGAAGAGAAUGCUGCCUGGGCCACUCCUGAACCAGGUGGCACCGGCGAUAUCAUUAAAGACGCUAUGAUGAAGGAGAAACUCAUAAAGGACAUAACUGCCGCGCAGGAUGAUCUUCGUGUCCUCCUCGACAAGGUCAAAUCUGUAGAAAGCGAUGUCGACAAGCUUACUUCGGGCAAUGCUACAUUGCAGAUGUACAUUGAUAACUUAACAAUGCAAAUGGCCAAGCGUCGAUGAGAUCGAGUCGUUGCUCGUAUGGCUGCACCGUGACGUGGUAGACACACUCCCGCACGAAUACGCGUACUCUAGACGCUUUGACAAGCGCUAGGAGAAGGAUGUGAGAUCUGCGAAGAUUGUGGUUCAUUACGAGUGUCGUAAGUGGCCCGGGAGGCUGUUCUGACUUUGCUGGAGCGCGAGGCAUGGUCUGGUAGGAUACGCUAGGAUACCAUUUUUUGCUUAUGGAAGGGGGGGAUACUGCUCAGACAGGUAUUUCCGAUUCUGAAAAGCGGCUUUCCCAGUCGCUCACGCAAACGGUUUGUUCUCCCUUGGUGAAUCACAGCUCUAUAUUAU